AUGCAUCGGUCUUCCAAUUACUCAUACCAACAAACCUCGAGCUCGAGGAGCUCCAAUCAUGGAACCAGCAGCGCGUUCAGCCCCAAUGCCAACCCCAACGAGGACUGGACCAAGAUCUCAGACCUUGCAGAGCGUCGCCGGAUACAGAAUCGCAUUGCUCAGAGAAACUACCGCAAGAAGCUAAAGCGUCGCCUCGAAGACUUGGAGAAGAGAGCCGCAACUGCUUCGACAUCUCCAGAACGGUCACACGAGGGCUCGGAGUCGCCGAAGGCCGUGGUGCACACUGUCAAGUCCCGCACCAAACAGGCUCGCACAACCAAGUCUAGCUCAGAUGCAAACCGUCACACCUCCGCGCAACGAGGCUCUUCCUAUGACAGCCACUCCACCCAGGAAGAUCGCCUAUCGAUGUUUUCCCAGCAAUGCACCCGACAGCUCUCAGCCUCGCCGCCUCCCGUGUUCUCUUACCCCUCAUACUCCCACUUGGAAUCCUAUGGUCACCACUCGUACGGACAGCCACCUUCCUAUCACUCUCUCAACAACCACUACAAUGACCUCCCAUAUGGAGAGUACGGAACAACGCUGCCUUCGAUCCUGCCUGGUCCGAUACUCGGAUCGGGCGCAAAGAAGCACCACUCGUACGCCGAUGACGAGAUUGUCAGCCCCUUCAGUAUGAGCUAUGCAUCCAUGGCUGGCAUUGAUCUGGGCCCGACGCCGCAACACCUUCCAGAGCACAACAUUCCUGUACAUGCCCCUCUCUCUACGUGA